AUGAGUGAAACUACUCGAAGGCAUCUUAUUGAACCCAAUCGUAACUUGGAAGCAUUUUCAUUGCUUUGGUGUGAUGCAAAUGUUCAUCAAACAGAAGAAAACCGCAAUACACAAUCAGAAUUACGUGAUACAAUUAAUUAUCUUAAAACAUUUAUUAAUAUCAAUGAAAGUGAACAAUAUGUUAAACAAUCUGAAAAUACUAAAAUUAUUUUGAUUGUUUCUGGUAAGAUUGGUGAACAACUUGUAGCCUCGGUAAUUACGACAACAAAAGAUUUAAUCGAAUAUAUCUCUAUUGAUCAUAUUAAACAUAGAGAAAUCGAUGAGGUUGAAAUGAAAUUUGACACAUUCAAUCUAGCUACUGUUUCACAACAAACAUCAAAUGCAAGUUUUAUAUGGUUUCGACUUUUAAUCGAACAUAUAAUAAGACUAACAGAAGGAUCAUCAGUUCCUGAACUUAUUCAAAUUGCCACACAACAAUAUAAUGGUAAUAAAAAAGAACUAGAUAUAAUAGAUGAGUUUUCAUCAACUUUUUCUCCAAGUAAAUCAUUAUAUUGGUAUACAGGAGAAUCAUUUCUCUAUCGUCUACUUAACAAAUCUCUUCGAGAAACUGAUAUUGAUAUGAUGAUUUAUUUUCGUUCAAUUAUACAAGAUUUAAAUCAACAAUUAGCUUUAGAAAAACCAUUUGAUGGAUCAAUAAUUACUGUUUAUCGAGGACAAAUUAUUGAUAAAACAGAAUUGUGUUCAAUCAGAUCAAAUCAAACAUCAUAUUUAAGUUUGCUGAAAAAAACACCACCAUCGAAUGGAUUAGAAGCUGUUUUAUUAGAAAUUGAAGUUGACACAAAAUUACAAAGUAUCAAACCAUUCGCUGAUAUAACAUAUUUAAGUGUUUAUCAAUAUGAAGAAGAAAUUUUAUUUAGUUUAGGUUGUUUACUCAAGGUUAAAGAAGUUGUACAUGAUGCAAAUGAAGAUUUAUGGGUAAUGAAAUUAGUUUUAUGUAGCGUUGAUGAUUCAAGUAUAAUGAAAGAUUUCUAUGAUGAAAUGAAGAGUAGAAUUAAUGAAAAUGUUGAUCUUAUUUCAUUUACUGACUUUUUAUAUGAUAUGAAUGUAGGUUUUGACACUGAACACAAAUACAGAUAA